AUGGAUAGCGAUCGGCUUCGACACUGCAUCGACUACAGAUCCGAGCCGUAUGUGAGCAAAGUUUUACUGGCCUCGCAUUUUAACAUUCGGCAUCCGGACAAGGUGGUAAAAGUGCUCGAAGCGGUCGCUGGAACUGUGCAAAUGGGCCUUGUCAACGAGGGUGAGAACGGUGAAGUUGCAGCCAGGCUGAUCCUUCUGUUAUGUGUCGAUGCGACGAAACGAUGGUCUGGCAAGGAUUUGAUCACUAGACUUGUUGGCCGGAAAUUAGCAUCUGAGGCCAACGCGUGUGUUUUGAACAGCCUUGUGAACCUUAACCAUUUCGUUCGGAUCGGCACAGACUUGACACCAACGAUUUUGGCAGAGCUGUUUGUUAGAGGAGCCGGUGGCAUUGGCACAAGAAACCAACAAGUGUGGGAUUUCGUUAUACCGAUUUGGAUGGGAGGAGAAGACGAACAAUUCGACGUUACAAAAUUCGGGGCUCUGAUUUUUCAGGUAAAGAACCGAACGACAACGUGGUAUAUGUCGGAGAGAGAGCUCGGAUAUCUGAAGCGCGUACCUUUUCAUUACGAAUUCUUUGUGAUGCAGAAGAUCUCUAGAAAAUGGGUACGAAAGCAGCACUACUUCUCAGGGCCAAUUGGGGCCACAUUACUGGACGAUGACGGAGUGGCAAAGGCGGUAGAGAACCUGCUCACGUGCUGUCUGCGCAUAGAGUCAUUUAGAGCUGGUGGUCGUCUCGCUGACAGACUGGCGGCCUAUUACGAACGAGUGGACAGGGUGGCCAGCCGAGUCCGAUGUCCGUUAACGGCACGAACUGUCCCGGAAAUAACACCCGCCGGUUCCGCCAGAAGAGCAAAGCGUCGUCGCGAAAGUAGCACGGAUCGUAUGGGGAAGCUACCGAAGACCUGCAUGCGACAAUGA